UGCACCCCUCAUAAAUAAUAUCACUCACCUUGUUUUAGCUACAAAGAAAGCAGGGAGGUGAUUGUUUCUUUCUGCAGCAAAUAUUAACACGUGAAUCCAAAGUGUUCUCUCAGACCGACGGGCUGGGGGCCAACUGGACACCCCACCCCUUCAAAAGUCUAGUCACUCUACCAGACAGCACCAUUAUUAAAUGCGGUAAGUGUUUCUUUUUGGAAAGGAAUAAUUUUUUAUUUACAAUUUUUCAACAAGAUUUCAGCAGCAGCACAAUGGGGACCUUGAGCUCCAAGGCUUGGUACAAAAGAGACGCCCGGGUGGUGAUGCUGGGACUGGAUUUUGCAGGCAAAUCCACCAUCUUGUCUAAAUUGAAGAGCAACGAGCUUGUGGAGACUUUCCCGACAGUGGGCUUCAAUGUGGAGUCUCUGAAAACCCCAUGUCAUCUACCCUUGACUCUCUGGGAUGUGGGUGGUCAAGACAAGCUCCGCGCUAGCUGGAAGGACUAUCUGGAAGACACGGACGCUCUCAUCUUUGUGCUGGACAGUGCCGACAAAACCCGGCUGCCAGAGGCAAUGGCUGAAUUGGAGAAAGUUCUGAACAACAUAAACGUGACUGGGGUUCCAGUCUUGCUUCUGGCCAACAAGCAGGAGCUGCCAAGGUCCCUCUCUCUCUCAGAGCUGCAGGAGAGGCUGAAUCUGGAAUGGUUCAGUGGCCGAAGCUGGGAGCUGAGAGGGUGCAGUGCUCACACUGGUGAGGGCUUGAGGGAAGCCUUAAUGGCCCUGGCAGGACUUCUUAAGAGCCGCGAUAAGAAUUCCCCUGAAUGUGUCUGUGCACCACUGCAGUGAUGAGGACAUCUUUAAGCUCGGACAUGACUAGAGGGGGCAACUUGAGCAUGAAACUGGAAAAUCAGGUAAAUUCCUCCACUAGUAAUCCCUCGACACUCCGUUCGUCUCAGAAAUACCCCCUCUGCUCCUGGUAUGGUUAAAAGAACUCCCUAUGGCAUGCGUAAUAUUCCAAAAUAUCCCAUAGUUCUACUGCACCAUGAAAUCACAUCAGGAACCCCCCUUAGCAAAGCUGCAUUUGUGGACAGCAAUGUUCUUGACCUUGCCUUGCCAGUUUUUCCUAAACUGCUGCACCAGUAAACUCAGCUCUCACUACAGGUAUUACUUGGGUGACAUUUAUUAUUUUGUUCAUGUUAAAUGUCUUACUCUAUGCAUUCUGGAUACGGGUUUUGACCUGAUGAAGAAGGUAUUGCUGGGUGUCAGUCUUUAUUUUUAUUCCUCUAAGCUCAGAUGCACUCGGUACACAGUAACAGUCCCCGAGGGGAUAUAUUUGACUGACCUCAGUUCCACUUCUCUUACAAUUUAUAGCAGAUGUUUGUUGA